AUUCGGGAAGUUUAAACAUGGAUUCCUCCGUCGCGGGGAAGAUGUCGGUGAUACAGAUUGGGAUUCUAACAGUCAGUGACAGGUGCUACAGAAAUGAAGCAGUGGAUGAAAGCUGUAAGAACCUGUUUGUGUUAAUUCACGACCAAAAAGUAAUCCCGGGGCGUGUGGUGGUGACUAAGAUUGUCCCUGAUGAGGAGGAACAGAUCAAGUCGACGCUGGUCGAGUGGAGCGAUAAACGGAGACUGAACCUCAUACUGACCACGGGAGGGACAGGGUUCUCCCCCCGAGAUGUCACCCCGGAGGCCACCAAGUCCGUCCUUGAGAAAGAGGCGCUAGGAAUGACCUUGGCCAUGUUGAAACAGUCAUUAGAGGUCACGCCAUUAGCCAUGCUGUCCAGGUUGGUCUGUGGAAUAAGAGGCAGUACACUCAUAAUCAAUCUACCAGGAAGUGCCAAAGCUUCGGAGGAAUGCCUACGGUUUGUCUCUCCGGGGAUUCCUCAUGCUGUUGACUUACUCAGGGACAAAACAGAGGAAAUUCUGACUACCCAUGCUGCCCUCCAGUCCAGAGGAGUAGAGAUACCUACUGCAGUGAAGGGAAAAGGCUCACAAAACGAAACAAUAGGUGUGUGUCGGCGGGAGGUGGAAAAGUCGCUGGAUAACCGAAUUCAGAAAACGCCAUUUUACCGAACACGACCUCAAAGAAAAAUCCAGUACUCACCGAAAUCCAACACAAUCUCUGUUAUCAACUUAAACAGGAAGGAAACUUUUACGACCGAAUUGUCCAAAAAACGCGACUCGUACGCCCCCGCCGACCAAAAUCGGCGUGAUGUUUAUGGCAUGGGUGUAGAAAAUAUGAAUAAUAAAACGGUAGAUGAAAUAAAUUCUAAUAAAAAUUCGUCAUAUCUUGGACAGGAAACGGAAGUCCAAGAGGAAGCUCUUACAGAGCGACCUCUGUCGUCUCUGGGUUCGAUAAAAAGUCUUGAUUUUAUGGGAAGUUUGCCAGAUUUGACAAACGACGAAUUUCUUCUUGCUGGUCCUCCAAGCGUGCAGAGCAUCAGAGUGGAAAGUCCAGCCAAUAGUUUAAUAAAUGUGAGAACCAAUGAAGCGAGCAUAGCAAUGUUAGAAAGACCUGUACCGCCCUCAUUCGCAAUUCCUAAAAUCCCUUCCCUGGACGAAGCUAGGAAUGACGCGCAAAGGAUCAUGGGAAAAGACAUUUCGUCUUGUUUCGAACCAAUAGAGAAGAACCGGAUGGAUUUCUUUGAGUCUGAUUCCGAUGAAGACAUCGAUAUAUCGUCUCAACGAGGCCAUUCUGACGGAGAAUCAACUAUACCCUACGCAGACGAAAGCGAGGAUGACGUCACACAAGACGACCAGGAAACUCAGACAGAUGACGCAAACGUCUACGAUUUUGAUAAAGAGGCAGACAUAAUGAGUCCACCAGCUUCCAAAAUCGUAAAACGGAGCAUGUCACAAACCCGCAAAAUACGGAAACGGAUGGACAAAAGAUUCGGAUUUUUAGGCGCCAAACUUCACAAGUCAUCGAUGUACGGUGAGGUAAACUUUGUCGACGUUGGCGUAAAAGUUGAAGAAUUCCUAAAAGAACAUCCCCUCAUACAAGGAAUUUACCUCAACAAAGGGAAAAGGGCUGUAAAGAAAAAUUACGUCACUAUGUGUCGUCAGAAGAAUGUGAAGGAAAACACAAAGUUGACCUGGAAGCGAGGAAGCCAGAAACAGGACAGGAACAGCUUGGACGAUUACUUUGAAUACACAGAGGAGGGGCAGGCCCGGAAGUCCAAGAUAGAGCGAAAGUUGGUUCGAGACGAGUAUGUGGUCAGCUGGUACAUGUGGUGUCCAGGUCAUGGGAACUGUGUUCGGAAGUGUGGUGGGCGUGGCAAAUGUGUCCCAGGAUGUCGAGGCAUGCAACAUAAGCAGGACCGUCAUAACUGUAAAGUGAUGCUCAUCUUCAAACUUUUCCUUAGCGAUCUGACAAAAUGGCGGGUACAGAUCACGGGACUUCACGUUCCUAAAGACAGCGUCUGGCUUCCGUCAUUUUCUCCGGACCAAGAUGGCUGGGAUAGUUCUUCAAUAGAAGGGACUCGCAAACCUUCAGGGAGAACAAUUCGAGAAAGUCCCACAACGACUUCUUACCAGGUAUCCAGCAGAAGAAAUGGGCCACAUAACGAAAGUUAUAUAAAAGGGACCGAGAAUCAAACUUCUAGUCAAGGGGGAGAAAAGGGCAAUACCCACAAUCCUUUGUUAGGUGUUCAAGGAAAGGGAGAUAAUCCCUCUGAUCACCUACAGAUGGCGCCCCCUGUCAUUUUUGGUUCUGUCUCCCAAAACGACUUGAAUAGAGACAUGUUUUCGGAAAGUUCUAGUCAGAUGUUAGGUCUCUCCCCUAGUCUGCUUCCUGAACCGAUCACAGAGGCCGAGGCUAACCAGAAAAUCAUGGAAUGGAUUACUGAAGCUGAACCAACCGGAAGUGACGCUUCCAUUCCUAGGCUACCGGCAUUUGACCCGCAGUGAUAUUAUUGAAGAGUGAAAAAUAGAUAGAAGUGCUACAUUUUACGAGUUUUUUUCCAGAUUCAUAUUUACUCGAACUUAAAAAAAAUCUUAGUGCCAUAUUUUGACGAAAAUGAAAUUUUGUGUGCCAUAUUUGAAUUGAUUAUAUAAGAAAAUGAGAAAUAGUGCCAUACCAUUUAUUUUAAAUUAAAAUUUUAAAUUUAAAAAAA